AUCAGUUGCCAGCAGCCUCUCUCUUGGCUCCUUGACACGAGCACCAUAUAAGGCGCAGCGAUCUCCAUAGAAACGUGUCAGUUUCAAUAGUAGUGUCAAAGUUCACUAUAUACAGACAUUCGCGCAGAUCCCCGUUUCGGAAACAUUGCUGCGCUGGUCCUCCCGUUUAAGCGCAUUCAUUUUUCGGGUCUCUCCUUCUUCUUGCAUAUUCUAUUAGGUUUUUUUUUCUUUUUAUCUUUUCCCCCGUUCGCUCUAUUUCUAUUGGAGAGGUGAAAACUACACGGACACUUCGGCACCGCGUUUUUUUGCUGGGGCGAGAUGAGGUUUAUUUAAGAAUAUAGAUGUGCAAUCCUCCCCUCCUGCAGCGAAGACGGGAGUAAGGAGCGAGGAAGAAAAGAGAAAGGAAUUUAUUUCUCCGCAGCACUUUGGAUCGCGUUGUCUUGCAGAAAAGAUUUGAUGCUCGUUUCUGCGUCCAUGUGAAUCGCCCUGUCUCCUUUGUGGCUAUUUUAUACAGAACUGCAAUUUGUUACGUCUGGCUCCGGUUUUUCUACAAGAUUUUAGUUCCUGAAUGGCUGUGUGCAAUUUACCUUGGAACUGGCCUCCCGAUACUUGCACAUCCUGAUCGGGUGCCUUUUUCUAUCGCCUAUUGCUAUUUUGAAUGUAUUGAUCGCUCCUAUACUCGCUCUGCGCAACCUAUGAGAUCGCUCGCUCAAAUUUGACUUUCCACUGUCGUCCUUUUUUGCGAGAUCUCUCUCUCUUUUUCUCAUCGGCACGGUCCACAUACACCAGCGAACAUUUCGCUUUAUAGCACUUUUCGUGGCCGAGAUAUGGCAAUGGUAGUCAGCGUGUGGCGCGAUCCGCAAGAAGAUGUGGCCGGAGGACCUCCGAACGGCCCCAACCCAGCAGUUCAGCCGGCGAGGGAGCAGCAGCAGACGGCGUCGGCGGCGCCGCACACCCCGCAGACUCCCAGUCAACCGGGACCCCCGUCCACACCGGGGGCUGCCGGCGACAAGGGGAGUCAGAAUUCCGGACAAAGUCAACAGCAUAUAGAGUGUGUGGUGUGCGGAGACAAAUCGAGCGGCAAACACUAUGGCCAGUUCACCUGCGAGGGAUGCAAAAGUUUCUUCAAGAGGAGCGUUCGGAGGAACUUAACGUAUACGUGUCGUGCCAAUAGGAACUGUCCCAUUGACCAGCACCACCGCAACCAGUGCCAAUAUUGCCGGCUGAAGAAGUGUUUGAAAGUGGGAAUGCGGCGGGAAGCGGUUCAGCGAGGACGAAUGCCUCCAACCCAACCGAACCCAGGCCAGUACGCCCUCACCAACGGAGACCCGCUGAACGGCCACUGCUAUCUCUCCGGAUACAUCUCGUUACUGCUGCGGGCCGAGCCUUACCCCACGUCCCGCUAUGGAAGCCAGUGCAUGCAGCCCAACAAUAUCAUGGGCAUCGAGAACAUCUGCGAGCUGGCGGCUCGCUUGCUCUUCAGCGCCGUGGAAUGGGCGAGAAACAUCCCCUUCUUCCCCGAUCUGCAGAUCACCGACCAGGUGUCCCUUCUCAGGCUGACGUGGAGCGAAUUGUUUGUGCUUAACGCGGCUCAGUGCUCCAUGCCUUUGCAUGUGGCCCCUCUGCUCGCCGCGGCCGGCCUGCACGCCUCGCCGAUGUCCGCGGACCGCGUCGUGGCUUUCAUGGAUCACAUUCGGAUCUUCCAGGAGCAGGUCGAGAAGCUCAAGGCCCUUCACGUGGACUCGGCAGAAUACAGCUGUAUCAAGGCGAUAGUGCUCUUUACAUCAGACGCCUGCGGCCUGUCAGACGCAGCUCACAUUGAAAGCCUACAAGAGAAGUCCCAAUGCGCCUUGGAGGAAUACGUGAGAAGCCAGUAUCCUAACCAACCAAGCCGCUUUGGUAAGCUCUUGCUACGACUGCCGUCACUGCGCACCGUCUCCUCCUCAGUCAUUGAGCAGCUGUUCUUCGUGCGCUUGGUAGGUAAAACCCCUAUUGAAACGCUCAUCAGGGAUAUGCUACUAUCCGGGAGCAGCUUCAACUGGCCUUACAUGUCCAUUCAAUGAUUCGUAUGAGAGAGUGAAAAGAGAAUAAGGACCAAAAUUCAGCAUCCCCUAAGAAGACUAUAUAUAGGACCUGGUCUGAAAGACUUGGAAGUCGUGACUUUUUUUCCUUUUUUUAUAUUCUGUCUUCUGGGACUGAAAUGGAAUACAUUAUGUACAGAAAAUAUGGAACUGGACUUUACACCUGUGUAAAUCGCCUCUCAUCUUCAAGAACAAUACCCUUCAUUUUGUAAAAUACUAGUCUUUAUUUUCCUUUUUGUAAAAAAAAUACAAAUAAAAUGAAAAACAUCAUAUGCGCAGUAAGUAAAAAAAAAAGAAUCAUGACUUAGCGGGAAAAUAAUGUUUCCAAGCAAUUAUAAGAAUUGUCCUGUGUCUAUGUACCUCUCUGUUUUGUAUUUUUUCUGGUUCUAAACCAGGGUUUCUGUGAUUCUAUACUAAUAAUUUUUUGAUAUAACCUUUUGCUUCUUAUAAUGAGUGCGAUAUAUGUUGUCGAAGCUAUGUUCUCCAAGAAUUAAAAUUGAAGUGAGAAUUUAAAACAGAAAAAUAAAAGAAAUUUAGACAAAUAAGAAACACGUCUAAUCGCUAUGACAAUAUCACCACUGAUGGUUGAACUUUGACCUAUUGCUAAUAUGGACCUGCAACCGCAGCCAACUGACCUCGAGGACAUUUUUACUAUAAAGAGGACGUCUGUGGCGCCUUUUCCCGGCCACGAGUGCGCGUGGAGCCGAUCAUCAGUCAAAGAGGAGAGACAUGAAAAUCAAAAGCACUUUUAAUAUAUCAUUUCAAAUACAUUUUUUGUUUGUUUUGUCUUUAAAUUUUCAUUGUUUCUUGGAUUUUAUUGGUUGUUGCCUUCAAUUUGCUUACUCCAUGAUGCAGCUUUUGCAAAAAAAGGGUCGGUUGAUGAAGUUGUGUGAUGGUGACUGUAAUAUUAAAAAAGAAAUAGGCAACAACGUCUCAUUCUCCAGCAUUUUACUGUGAUCAAAUGUCAAUGCAUAUAGCAGCUUAUUUCAUUACGGGCAAUGGGCAUUCUAAGAAAAACAUGGAAUCAUAACACACGUUCGAAAUGCGCUGUUGCAAACUGUUAAGUGGUGUAAUUACGCAGUUGGAACAUAACAAUUGCACUAAGUACUGACUUCAUGUGAACACACAGCGUUGUGGACCAGGGGCUACCUACAUUGCAAAAUAGCUGGAAAGCUAGCUCGUACCCUGCCUGUGAGCUCAUUAAUGUUUGAUAUACUCCCAGACAAACGAAAAGCAUGACACAGACUAGACUAUCAACUCGUGUCUACCUCCUCACGUGGCACAAUCAAGGCCAUUCCCUCUCACCGUUCGGCCAGCGACGCGCAUGAGCAAAACCAGUCAUAGCCCCAUAUCGCAUUGGCACUACCCCACGUCAGUGUAUAUUAUGACUCACUAUAGAUCCAGGCGUCACUUGGCAUACGGUGAGGUGCAGGGAGCCGCCUGAUCGAUCCGGAGCGCGCUUCGGACUGCAUGUAAGCACACAAUGUGACGUGAGACUAGUUAAGGGGGAAGAAGACGGAUUGGAGGAGAGACCAGAGAUUUGGGGGACCAUUGCCUGAUGGGGAUGGAGACAAAUGGAGUGGAUGGGGGGACCAAUGUGUGUGCGUGUGUGUUUGUGUUUUAGAGAGAGUGUCUGUGUGUGUGUACGUGCGCUUAUGAGUGUCUCCCCCACACCUCUUAAAUAUCCUAACGAUAUUAUAGAGGUGGAGAAUGUAAAGAAUGCCUCGGUGAACGAUAACAAGACAUUCAUGUAGUUACAGACAGCUCUCUGUGCAUCCAGCCCUUUGUCUCCAUAGUCUACAAAUGACGCAGCUCCCUUCACAAUCUCUCCUAGAGCUAAACGUAGCUUGUUGGUAAUGCUUCUCCCCUCAAAGGCCACCCAUUACUUAAAUGUGAACUUUGAAUUUGGAAAUGUCCCAUGUGUGCCACACAUGAAAUAUGUCUCCUCAUGUCUUCUUCAUCAGACACGUUAGGCUUCUUGUGUUGGGUUUCACUCUCGUCUGCCGAACACGACUGAUACCGCGGAGUGUAGCGAAAUAAGGUGAGAUGAGAUGGAUGGAUCAAACCGUUAAUUAUAUUGAUACCUCGAGGUAUCUCGCUAUAUUUAUAGAUUAGGUGGUACUGAUUCACUCAAUCACAAGUUUAAAGCGCGCCCGUGUGUGUGUGCGUGUGUGUGCGUGUGUGUGUGUGCGUGUGUGUGUGCGUGUGUGUGUGUGUGUGUGUGUGUUUCCGCGUCCUGUCCUCAGUUGCUCUCACGUCCCAGGUAUUGAUGGUUUAGUUAUUAUUAUCAAUUAACGAGAUAUACAAAUGCUUGCUCGAAUUCUCGGUCAGCUUCACAUCUUCUCCGUUUUUUUCUCAUACUGUCGCACAAUUUGAUCUUAAACUAUAUAGCUAGCAUAUAUACAAUGAUGUCAUGCAGUAUUGCUGUUUUGCAUUAAGGCUUUAAAUGUUUCAUUUUUACUUUUUUGGUUACGGGUUGUUGGCUACUUCAAGUAGACCUGCGUGGCCCGUAUUUGUAAUUGUUCGUGUAUUUGGGAUCCAGUAGGUUUUAGAAUGUAGAUUUAUAAGUAAUGAGCUGUUAUUGUUUUAUGAUCAACUGAUUAUUACUUUGCAAUGGCAAUCGUAACUUUAGGAUUAUUUCUCGGAUAAAGGCCUUAUAUGGGGCAAAUUGUUCGUUACAAAUGCAUAUAGUUGUUGCUAAAACUGCAUGAGGCCUAAUUGAAACCCUCUGUAGUCAUGUAUAUAAAUAUUAUAUUGAGCACAUAUUGCCAAACAUGGACUACAUUCAGAAAAAAAAUUCAAACUGAUCAAUUAGGACCAGAUGUUUCUAAUUAAUAAAUACGUGUAGACAUAGGCUAUACUUACAGAACAGAAAAAAACAAAACAAAAAAAGAAUGCUCUUAAUUUUAUAGGCUAUUAAGAGAUUUUCGGAGAGAUGCUAACAUGUUAUGAUAUAAAUGUUUUUUUAAGUAAUUUCUCUUUGCAACGUUUAUUGUAUAAUUUUAUUUUUCAUUAAAACGUGCACAUGCACGAGCAUGAGAUUGUUUAGCCUAUUUAUUGGUGUUAGAAUAGUCCGUGCAUUAGACCUAGGACUGCUAAAGUGGUUCAUUAUGUGUUGUAUCAUAACCCAGCUCCGACGGAUUGCACUAGCUGCGGUGGGGCAGCCUGAGGGAGAUUGAUACAUAGGCCCCAUUUGUGUCUCGAUAAUUUCGGAAACUGGUUACCAAGUGAUAUUCCGAAAUGAGUUAAAUAACCAUUUACCUUUGUCUGGUUUCAUUCAUCAAACCACCAGUAAAGAACUCCCAACACUGGGCCUACUUGUUUGCUUACACAAGCAGCUGGGUACGAUUUCACGUUUGAGAUAUCUGUCUGACAGCAAAACAUUUAUUAUCCUAAGUUGUCAGCGAACCUCUUUAACAAACCUCAUGUAACCAAUAGUCCCACGUGCCCAGCGCCGCCACACGCAGCUCACAAACACACUGCACUGGUGUUACACAUCCCCUCUUUCCGAUGUAGCAGCCUAUUGUGGUUUAUUGACAAACAGAAAAUAAAAAAACAACAAUAACCAUUAUACAAAUGGACUCUAAUUGAAAUGAUAGGUCUUGUGUUUGAAUCCUAUUUUAUUUUUUUCGGCCAUAUUUUCCUUGGGCCAGCAUUGUCUCUAUCACCGUGUGAGCAGUACGAGGUG